AUGGAUGAAGCAACAAUGCACGACUCUGUGUUUCAGUCUUCUAAAGUUGGUGUCUUCUCAAUGUUUUAUAGAGUGAUGAAUCAUAACGCGCCAAGGAGGUACUCACAAGGAAGGAAUUUCGGAGUCGAUAGACAACAAGAUUUUGCAGCAGAUAUAGUUCCGAGAAGACCCUAUGCUCCUUAUGACAACAGAAUGAAGAAAGGAUCAAAUAAGUGGUCAAGGAAUCUGGUUUGGACAUCGAAAGAGUUCCAAGCAUCAGAAGGCAACAGGCCUAGGAUGAAUAACACCAAUGGCUCAGCAACGAUUAAACCACCAGUUAUAGGCACGGGAUAUAAUGUGUCGAACCAGCCGAGGAAGAAUGCUGCGUAUGGGCCAAGAAGCUCAUCUGUUUCAGAGACCAGAGGUUGGGGGUCUAGUGGUAAAGUCAGUCCCAACAAGACUAAGGAGUGUGUGUGUAAGUUUUGGAAGGCUGGAAACUGCAAGAAGGGCGAGCAGUGCCAGUUUUUACACUCUUGGUCUUGCUUCCCUGGAUUGGCCAUGGUAGCUUCUCUUGAAGGUCACAAGAAGGAUAUAAACGGGAUUGCGCUUCCUCAGGGUUCAGAUAAACUAUUUUCAGCAAGUAUUGAUGGUACAUUGUGCAUAUGGGACUGCAAUACUGGUCAAUGUGUUCAUACAAUCAACCUCCAUGCAGAAGCAGGGUCUCUAAUGAGCGAAGGCCCUUGGGUUUUCCUUGGCUUGCCAAAUGCGGUAAAGGCGUUUAAUGUUCAAACCAGUAAAGAUUUGCAUCUUAGUGGGGUGGUUGGUCAGGUGCAUGCUAUGACCAUUGCAAAUGGAAUGCUUUUUGCUGGAACAAGUUCUGGUAGUAUAUCAGUCUGGAAAGCUACUGAUACCGAGUCUGAGCCUUUCACGUACCUCACAUCUCUCGAGGGACAUCAUAGUGGUCAGGUCACAUGUUUUAUCGUUGGUGGUCAGCGACUAUACUCUGGUUCUGUCGAUAAAACAAUAAAGGUGUGGGAUCUCAAUACCCUGCAAUGUACAAUGACCCUGAGGCAACACACGGACACUGUCACCUCGCUCUUAUGUUGGGAUCAGUUUCUGAUAUCGUCCUCCUUGGAUGGAACGGUAAGAGUUUGGGCUUGUUCUGAAAAUGGCAGCUUGAAAGUUACUAAUUCUCGCAGACAGGAACAGAGUGUACAUGCUCUUUGUGGGAUGCACGACGCAGAGGCCAAACCGAUCAUGUUCUGCUCUUACCUAAACGGAACAGUCAGCAUCGUCGAUCUACCAUCAUUUGAAGAAAGAGGAAAGAUGUUCUCAACGAACACAAUCGGCACAAUCACAAUUGGCCCUGAAGGAUUGUUAUUCAGUGGAGACAAGAGUGGGAAGCUGCGUGUAUGGAGCUUAGCUGCUACCAAAGUUUAG